AAACAUGGAUCGCUGGACAAAUCGCGUUGCUGUCGUCACGGGUGCCAGCUCCGGAAUAGGAGCCGCCUGCUGCAAGGAUCUGGUCUCCAAGGGAAUGAUAGUGGUGGGUCUGGCGCGGCGUGAGGAUCGCCUCCAGGAGCUGAAGGACUCCCUGCCGGCGGACCAGGCCAAUCGUUUCCACACCCACAAGUGCGAUGUCAGCAAGGAGCAGGAUGUGAUCGAUGCCUUCCAGUGGAUCGACUCCACCCUGGGCGGAGCGGAUGUCCUGGUGAACAAUGCCGGGAUCUUGAAGCUCAAUGCGGCCAUUCUGAAGGAGGGUAAUUCGGAGGACCUGCGUGCCACCCUGGAUACCAAUGUCCUGGGCGUGGCGUGGUGCACCCGGGAGGCGUUCCGAUCGCUUCAGAAGCGCAAGGUGGACGACGGAUAUGUGGUGAUUGUAAAUAGUUUGGCAGGACACCGGGUUCCCGUCAUUCCCAACUUCAGCUUGGGCAUGUACGCGCCCUCGAAGUACGCCGUCACGGCUCUGGCAGAAGUCCUGCGCCAGGAGUUCCUUAACAACCAGACCCAGACCAAGAUCACUAGCAUUAGUCCCGGGGCCGUGGAAACUGAAAUUGUGGACAAGUCCCUCGUCAAGAAGUUCUCCGACAUGGAAAGACUGCGCCCCGAGGAUGUGGCUGAUGCGGUGUCCUAUUGCAUCCAGACCCCACCGAACGUCCACAUCCAAGAGCUGACUCUAAAGCCCAUCAAAGAGAACAUUUAG